AUGAUCGAUGAGCUCGAGAGAAAGGAGCAGGAAUUGUCCAAUAGACUUCAAGAUCUUGAGUCAAUCGUAGUCGCGGACCAAAGUACGGUGGAUACUUCCAGUCCAGAUGACAGACAUACCGUGAGAUCCAUCGCAGCAUCGUCGCCUGCUACACGAGAAGGAGCAAGCUUGAGCUUGAGCUGGGCGCACAUACAGAACCCGUUCCUUCUCCGCAGAAGCAUCUGGGCCCUCCAUCAGCGUCUCUUCAAUGGCCAAGGUACAUCCACUAAGGCCUCGAGCCACGACCUAUUCAGAGCCUUCAUGUUAUGCGCCAUUGGGGCAGUUCUGCCAUACCGCAACAAGCUUCAUAAUCGCCACCCAGAAGCAUACUAUAAUGCAGCUCUACAACACCUCGGCAGCGACUUUCUGACUCGAGGUCUAGAGUCUGUUCAAGAUUUAUUGCUUAUAUGUAGAUUUGGCAUCUAUCACCCAAUAGGUACUUCGAUCUGGGACGUCGUUCGCCUCUGCGGACGUCUCUGCAUCGAACUUGGUCUCCACAACGGGACGGAUAUUCGCGGCGACUUGUUACAAACACAGCUCAGAAGGAGAAUAUUCUGGCAAUUCUAUCUCAUCGAUCGCUACAGUUCAACGACUCUGGACCGACCAUUCUUGAUCGACGAUGCAGAUAUUGAGACAAAGUUUCCAGUUGAAGUCAGCGAUGAGGAACUCGAAGCAGCCAGUCGCGAAGUCCAAAGCCUUGAUGCCUUGAACUUCACUCGCGAGCCGAAUGUGCAGAAUGAAAUGACCGUCUUUUUCAUCUCUGUGCGGCUGAGGCAGAUAUCAUCACAUAUACAGACCGAGUUCUCUAAGCUGAGGCGGAAGAUCUCGAGUACCAGGUCAAAGCACUUGCUCGCGGGUCACGUCCAUGUUGUGAUGACGAAGCUUUUGAGGGAGUUGAAAGACUGGAGAAACGGCAAUCCCAUUAUACAAGAGCCAAGCUGUCUGUACGAAACACAAGAAUGGUAUGACUUGCUUCUCGCCCGCGAAAGACUAUCCGUCCUCCGUCGUGCAAUCGAUCUUGUCCCAAAGGUCAACGGCUCCCCACCAAAAGAGAUCCUGACAGUCUUCCUCAGAUCAGCGCUGGAGACUAUUGAGAAAUAUCACAUCAUAUGUCAGAAGCGAGAGAUGGUGACACAUACGCGAAGCUACUUUCACAUGCUCUUCACAGCGGCAUUGUCGGUCAUGUACUGCAUAUCCGUAUCCAAGAAGCUAACGCAGGAAGACAUGCGUGCAUCUCACCAAGGUCUGCUGCGUUGCCAAGAGUUGCUGAAUAGUGUUGCCCGACAACUACCAGACGCGAAAAGUUAUGUAUCUGUAUUUGAAGCUCUACACCGCGACGUGUCACAGAGGCUAUGGCCGAAUGUGCGAGAUAUAUCUGUCAAUCUCCCCGUUGAUCCAGCUAUGGGCUUCUCAAACGAUAUCACGACCUUCAAUGGGCGGAAUUUCUCUCCGGACCUGGGUACGAGUACUCUACCCAAUUCCCUGGGAAACAUAUCCGACUUUUCAACGGAUCGCCAGUUCUUUGAUCAGGGUUUGCAGUCGCGAACGAACCCGACAGACCCCGUAAGCCAAUUUUCUGUUCUGGGACAAGAUGGAAACGAUAUAUCUGAGGAGUAUCAGGAUGGGUCGUCGGUCAAUUGGGCGCUGUUGAACUACGAUUCGCUGUGGAAUAUGGAGUCUGCGCUCGGUCAGUAUGUUUAUGGAGAUCCUACGAAUCCCAGUGUUUGGGACGGCUUCGAGUUUUGA